UAGAGUGUUUCUUCUAAAUUUCUUGAUACCUAUAUAUAUAUUUCUGAUACAAUACAAUUGAACAUCCCAAGUCUCUCGAUUUGAAUGCUCUGUAUUUCUCUUUUUCAUCACUUUUGCCUGCUAUAUUCUAGGGUUCCCUGCUCCCUCUUGCUCUGAGAUUAUGGACAAUGCCAAGGAAGCUGGCGGUGAAGCAAAAACUAACGAAGAAAACCCUAAUCCUGCGACGGAAGCUGAAGUCGAACCCGAAUCAGAUUUGCCUGCGUCUCGGCAGGCUUCAAGGACGCCAUUCACAAGCCUCAGCCAGGUCGAUGCGGACCUUGCUCUUGCAAGGGCUUUACAGGAACAGGAAAGGGCUUAUAUGAUGUUGAGAAUGAACGGUGAAGCAAGUGAUUAUGGAAGUUCGGAUGCUGGUAGUUUUGUUGAUGAAGAUGAGGAUGAUGAUCAGGACGAGGAUGAAAAUGCUGGGACUGAUGCUGAAGAAGAUGCGUUUGAUGUGCAUGCCCAUGCUGAUGAAGCGGAUGAUGAUCAGGGUAAUGAAUUCGAUAAUGAUGAAGCCUAUGCAAGAGCCCUCCAAGAAGCUGAAGAGAGAGAAUUGGCUGUUCAUUUAAUGUCACUCGCUGGGAUAAAUGACUGGGAGGCAGAAGACACUGAAGACCAUGGUAGUAACUCUCAGGAUACCUGGGAAGAGGUUGAUCCAGACGAGCUUUCAUAUGAGGAAUUGCUUGCAUUGGGUGAAGUAGUUGGAACUGAGAGCAGAGGACUUUCUGCUGAAACCAUUGCCUCUUUGCCUUCAGUUAAUUACAAAGCACAAAGCAGUCCGGAUGGAAGUAAUACAGAUCAGUGUGUAAUUUGCCGUUUGGACUAUGAGGAUGGUGACACCUUGACUGUGCUUUCAUGCAAGCAUUCAUACCACUCAGAAUGCAUAAAUAAUUGGCUUCAAAUAAAUAAGGUAUGCCCUGUUUGCAGUGCCGAGGUCUCCAUUUCUGAAAGCAGGUAGGGAUGACAGAAGUCAAGGGCCACCUCAUUUUAUGUACCUGGGCUUUACUAAACUUGCAGGGCAUGGCUUUUAGUUUUGGAUACUCUACUCUCUUAUGGAAUUAUGUAAUAUGUGCAA